ACUAUAGGUUACAUUUCAAUCAAAUCAAAUAGUCACACCUAUACUAGACACACACACACACACAAAAAAACACUCUUAUCUUCAUCUUCUAUAUACUAUAGCAACUCCUAAAACCCUAAUUGACACAACAAUUUCUUGAACAAAAAUGUUACUCCAUCCAACAAUCUCCCAAUAUCAACCACACCCACAAUCCAUUUCCCUCUCAUUACCAUCAUCUUUCCCCUCAAAUUCUCUCAAUUUCCCAUAUGGGUUUCGAAUUUCACCCUUCAAGAAACCCCAAUUCAACCCCUUUAUCAUCAAAAACAGUUAUUCUUCUUCUCAAUCACCUGUUUCAAGGGGUAACAGCUAUGACGAAAAGAGGCGUGGCACAUCGGUUACUUGGAAAGCAAUUUACAAGAGGAUUAAUUUGAUGGGUAAUCCUGAAAAGGGGGCAAUUGAGGUGUUGAAUCAGUGGGAGAAUGAAGGGAAAAAGGUUUCAAAAUGGGAGCUUUCUAGGGUUGUUAAAGAGUUGAGGAAGUAUGGUCGUCACAAGCUUGCUCUUGAGAUCUACAAGUGGAUGAAUAACAGACCAGAGAGGUUUAGAAUAUCCUCAAGUGAUGCUGCAAUUCAACUCGAUCUAGUUUCUAAAGUCCACGGCAUUUCAGGUGCAGAAGAGUACUUCAAAAAUUUACCCAAAAAUUUAAUGGACAAACGCGUAUACGGGUCCCUUUUAAACGCUUACGUGCGUGCUAGAAUGUUAGAAAAGGCCGAAUCUUUAUUAGUUGAAAUGAAAAAUAAAGACUACGCUAGUCACGCGCUUCCGUAUAAUGUGAUGAUGACCCUCUACAUGAACCUUAAAAAUCAAGAAAAAGUGGAAUCUUUAGUUUCCGAAAUGAUGGAAAAUAACAUCGAUUUGGAUUUGUAUUCGUAUAAUAUCUGGAUAUCGUCACGUGGGUAUCAAGGAUCUACCGAAAAGAUGGAAGAAGCGUUCGAAAAACUUAAACUCGAUGCUUCGGUUAACCCCGAUUGGACUACUUAUAGCACCAUGGCUACUUUGUACAUCAAGAAUCAAGAACUCGAAAAGGCUGAUGACUCUCUUAAAAAAGUUGAAACCCUAAUCACGAAUCGCGAUCGGAUUCCUUAUCAUUACCUUUUAAGCCACUACGGUGGUCUCGGGAAGAAAGAAGAAGUUAAAAGAAUUUGGGAAUCUUAUAAAACGAUUUUUUCGUAUGUACCAAAUAACGGUUAUCAAGCUGUUAUCUCUUCGUUUAUCAGGAUGGACGAUAUUGAAGAAAGUGAGCUUCUUUACAAAGAAUGGGUUUCAUCGAAGUCAACUUACGACCCGAGAAUUGGGAAUCUUUUACUGGGUUGGUACGUUAAAAACGGGCUUACGGAAAAAGCCGAAUCUUUUCUUACCGAAAUGUUGAAAGUUGGAAAACCGAAUUCAGGUACUUGGGAGAUUGUUGCCGAAGGUUAUAUCAAAGAACAUCGGGUUUCCGACGCGUUAUCUUGCUUUGAAAAGGCAUUAUCCGAUGAAGGAUCAAGCUUUUGGAGACCAAAACCUGCUAAUAUUUCGGUUUUGUAUGAUAUUUGUGAACAGCAAAAUGAUGAAAAAAGCAAGGAGGCGUUGUUUGAGGUGGUGCGAAAAUCCAAUGUUCUUGAAGAUGAUGUUUAUAUGUCGCUUUUACCCUUUUAUAAACAAUCAAAUUCCAAAAAUGGACCGCAAAAGGUUAAGGAAAGCAUGGGUGGUUAUGAAGAAGAAGAAGGUGCAGAUAUGCUUCUAAAUGAGCUGCAGUCUAGCAUUUAAAUUAGGGUCUGUUGAGUAUAUUUUUAUGUGUGAAUUUACUCUUGAAGAUUAAUGCAGAUUUUAGCUAUGGUCAAAGAAGGUAAAAUGUGUGAUCCUCUUAUGUUAUACAAGAUUUUGUAGAGUUUUUUGUAAUGUCUUUGCAGAGUUUUUUUUAGUUGUGAUUUUGCAGAGAUUUUUUGAU